UAAUGGCAACAUCCAAAUCUAUGGAAGUAAUUUCCCGCUAAAUUCCAUGGCAGCCCUCCCAGAGUCCCAUUUCCGCUUCACGAUCCACAUGCUCCACUUCUCUCCCAACCCCGUCCAGUUCCAUUUAUUUUCUAUAAAUUCCCAACUUCUCUUCCUCGCCAUUGCCUUUUCUGGAGAUCAAACUGCAACUCUGAAUUGAAGGACCAGAGUGCAAACGUUGAUUAUAGUUCGAGGUUCGCCGUCUGCAACAGAUUGUGAUUUUUAGAUUCUCUUUGAUUUGGAUUUCGUCCACGAUCGAGGUGGCGGCAGAUUAGUCAAAGAGGGAUUUGGAAGGUGCUUCCUCUUUUUUUAGCCUUUUCCAUCCUCUUGAUGGCUGGUGGGGUUACUGAGAGCUGAGACUGCCAGAGAACGUGAUGAAGUUUCUCUCUUUGAUGGUAAUAGCUCACAGAGGUGUAGCUGACAAGCGGGUUUUCUCGUAGGUAGGUGACUCAGUUCCUGCGAAUUAUUAAGUCUACGGGUUUCGGGUACGUGGCAUCUCUCUUGAGCUUGCUUCCUUUCGUAGAUCGGAGUCCAGGAGCAGUCGACUAGAGUAGAGGUGAGAAUUAAGAUGGGCACGUUGGCGAAGCUUGCGACGAGGUCUCUGGAGACGGAUGAGCCCGUCAUGGUUCAGAUACAAAAAUUGCUUCGGGGUGUCAAAGAUGCAAUGUCCUUGGCUCAGGGGGUAGUUUAUUGGAAACCGCCAAAGCAGGCUCUAGAGAAGGUCGAAAAAAUUGUUUGGGAGCCUUCAACCAGUCGUUAUGGUGCUGAUGAGGGUCUUCCAGAGCUCAGGGAGGCAUUGGUUAAAAAGAUACGUCAAGAGAAUAAAUUGUACAAAUCCUCAGUCAUGGUUACUGCUGGUGCAAACCAGGCAUUUGUGAAUCUUGUUCUCACACUGUGUGAUGCUGGGGAUUCUGUGGUAAUGUAUGCACCUUACUAUUUCAAUGCCUAUAUGGCCUUCCAGAUGACUGGCAUCACCAACAUUCUGGUGGGCCCUGGUAAUCCGAAGACGCUUUAUCCAGAUGCAGAUUGGUUAGAGAAGAUUCUGUCAGAAACCAAACCAGUGCCAAAGGUCGUCACAGUUGUAAAUCCAGGCAAUCCAUCCGGGACCUACAUUCCGGAGCCUCUUCUCAAGAGAAUUUCAGAUCUUUGCGAAAGCGCUGGCUCUUGGCUCAUUGUAGAUAAUACAUACGAGUAUUUUAUGUAUGACGGGUUGAAGCAUUCAUGUGUGGAGGGUGAUCACAUAGUCAAUGUCUUUUCCUUCUCAAAAGCUUAUGGCAUGAUGGGAUGGCGAGUUGGAUAUAUAGCAUAUCCAUCGGAAGUGGAGGGUCUAGAAUCUCAGCUCCUCAAGGUUCAAGACACUAUACCCAUCUGUGCAACUAUAAUCUCACAGAGGCUGGCUCUGUACUCACUAGAAGUUGGACCUGAGUGGGUCAGGGACCAAGUGAAGGACCUCAUUAAGAACAGAGCACUCAUCUUGGAGGCACUCUCACCCCUUGGAGAGGAUGUAGUAAAAGGUGGGGAAGGUGCAAUCUACCUUUGGGCUAGACUUCCAGAAAAGUGUUCUGAUGACUUUGAGGUUGUGCGGUGGCUUGCACGGAAGCAUGGGGUUGUUGUAAUCCCUGGAAGUGCAAGUGGGGGGCCAGGCUAUAUCCGGAUCUCCUUUGGAGGGCUUACUGAGGCUGACUGUAAAGCUGCUUCAGGGAGACUACGAAAAGGGUUAGAAGAGCUGGUGAGAGAGGGGAUGGUGGAGUAGCCAGCCUAAACAAUUAUGCAACAUUGAUUCUCUUGGCCAAUUGUAACAGUUCAUGCUCGUUGUAUUCUUAAGCUGAAUAAUGCCCUGUUGCUCUUAUAGAAUGUUUCAUUCAUGGAGAAA